AAUUAUUUUAACAUGAAAAUUUUUAUUCACAGGAGCAAAAAGAAUAGAAAUUAUGUCAAAACCAGGGAUAAUCAAGUCACAUUUGCCAUUUCAUCUGAUACCUUGGUCGAAAGAUGCCAAAUACAUCUACGUCGCCAGGAAUCCGAAAGACUGUUGCGUGUCAUUCUUCCAUUACUCCAAGCAUAUACCAGGAAAUAACUUCGAAGGGACUUUUGACCAGUUUUUUGAACAUUUCAUGACAGGAUUACCGGAGACCGUCUAUUUCGGAGAUUAUUUUGACCACGUGCUGUCCUGGUACUCUCACAGAAAUAAUCCAAACGUUUUGUUUGUAACUUAUGAGGAAUUAAAAGAAGACAUUGAUGCUGCCAUCUUGAAAAUGGCGUCUUUCAUUGAUGAUGAGAAAUAUGCCCAGCCUAUAAGAGAGAACCCAGAAAUCUUGGAGAACAUCAAACAACUCAGUAGUGUGAAAGCAGCCAAAGAAUUUAUGACGAAACAAUCAGAGGAAAUAGCAAAAAUGAGUGUUGAAGAAUUUACAAACUCAUCUCUACCCGAUACCAUAAAAGAUUAUUUAGUGGUUGAGAAUGAUUCUCUUACACCUGCGGUCAGUGAUGAAAGAAGUGAAUCUAACGUAAAUUUGUCAGAACGGUUUAAGCUUAUCAGCGAGCUUGUUAGAAAAGGUGUCGUUGGCGAUUGGAAAAACUAUUUUUCAGAAAAUCAAAGUCGACGAAUCGAUGAAAAAUUUGAAAAAAUGGCUAAGGGCACUGACUUAUCUAAUUUCUUUACAAAAUACAUGUGAAAAAUGUAAUAUCAUGAUUUUAUUUAUGAAGGAGCAAUUUAAUAUGUAAUAUGAAAUUAUUAAAAGUUUAAUCAUUCUUUACUCGUUACACCUUAAGAUAUUAUGUAUAUAUUUAUGGGUAUAUAUAUAAUAUCUUACCACUUUUUUUAAUAAUGGUACCUUUAGCAUCACUGCAAAAUGGAGCGUGUACUUUUGUGAACAGAAAUGCACUGUAAACCUAUUAUUUGGGUUCUCAACGUGGGCGGUAAGACCUCUCAGUCAACGAUAAAGACUUGAAAUCUUGGGUUGGGAAUUUCUAGAGAGUCUUUACAAAACUACCGAUGAAAUUAGUAUUGAGUGCAAAUUAAAAUUCCCAUUUUUCUUAACGGUAACUUAUUCGUUUUUCACUUCGGAAGACGCUGAAAUUGUUGCUCAUUUAACGGUACCCGAUGGGCAUCUGCAAACUUGAGUGACUGAGGCGUGGAACUUUACCGUUGCCACACCGUUACAAAUACCUGUUCAAAGGGGGACCACAUUCAUACAUCACACAAUAGUUGUUGUAGUUAAUUUACGUCACACUAGGGCUGCAGAAUGGGCUAUUGGAGAUGGUCAGGGAACCCUUACGAAAAUUUAAGGUAUAUUUGAGGUAUUUUUGAGGUAUCGAGGUUGUUUUGAGGUAUAUUUAAGGUUGCUGAGAAAACAGCAAUAAAAAUUAUACCUUAUAAAGUUUGUAAUUAAGGUAUACGUGGUUGUUUUACAUACACUUAAACUCAUUUUAAGGUUGUUUAAAAUUCACUUCAAAUCAACCAGGCUGAUGAAGUGAUUUUUAAGGUAUACCAGGUUGAUUUUCUGACAC